GCUCUCUCCCAAGAGUGUCUUGACUGGAUUGUACUCUCACGAUGGCCUUGGUCAAACAUUUCUUCCUAUCCACGGUGUUCAGCCUCCACAUGUGAUCCUAGCCUUCCGGAUGUAGUGAUCUCCUGACCAUGGAUUCUACCGGUACCUUCGCCAAGGCGCUUGAUGAGUCCCAGGUCCGAGAGCUACCUCAGCUCCAGAGCUUCCGCAUCGCCCCUCUUCGCCAACCGGUAUCCUCCCGCGUGUUGAGCGUACCGUCGCCGCUCGAGCCCGAUGCCAGCGGAGCCCGCGAACCCAGCGCCAUCCCCAAGACGAGCAACUCCUCCGGCGCGCUAUCCACCCGCAACAAUGACCCGAGCGGAGGAGGAGCACCGGAGAGCUCGAACGUCGCGCGGACAACAAAGAAGCCCGGCGAUGCCUCUGCAGACCCACAGCUGAGCCUCGAGCCUCCUCCCAAACCCAUCCUUCCCGCCUUCGUCAAUCUCCGGGCUCUGGAGCGCUUCCCCUACUCCUCCUUCGACGACGACACGCACGCGCGCAAACGCCGCCGUUUAGGCAUCCAUGCCGACUCCUUCGGGGAACACCUGCAGCUUCCCAUCCCCCAGGCCCAGAAGGAACAACGGCCCCCGCCCUUUGGACCGUUUGCUAUUCUGAACGGCCUGAACGAGCCGCCACCCAACGCCGCCCUGCUCCCGCCCAUCGAAGCCGGUUCCAUCUCCCAGCUGCUGUCAAAGCCCUCGCGCGAUGCGUCCGCUGUGGAGCCGUUACUACUUGCGGCCGACUCGUCCUCAGAGAGUCUGAUCGAGAGUGCAGCUGCUAGCCAGAAUGGGGAGAAGAGGGAAGGCAGGAUUGAAGAGAUCCUUGAUUCACCCGUUGCCGCGAGGGAGGAACCCCAUGGCGAGAAGCAUCGUGCCCCGGAACCCAGCCAUCCAGGUCACGAAACGGGGGAUGCGGGAGCUGACGAGCCUGUGGAGGCCCCUGCGCAGGAAGGUACUGCGCCGCUGUCGCCAAAAUCGCGAGGCCGUUCGCGCAAGAACGUUCGCAAGUGGACCGAGGAAGAAACCACCGCGCUACUCCGCGGCGUGGUGAAGUGCGGAAUCGGCAACUGGACGGCGAUCCUCGCCCAACCGGAGCUGGAAUUCAACAAACGGAGCGCCUCGAACCUGAAAGAUCGGUUCCGCGUCUGCUGUCCAUGGGCGUACCGCGCACAGGACCCCAACGAGGCGACCAAGAAACUCCGCGAUACCCUCGCCGACGCUCUCUCGCGGGCCGAGACCGAAGCGUCUGACGGAAUUGCCGGCAAGAUCCGUCUACCAGCCCCCUGGCCCGCUGAUUCAGACCCCCCAGUGGGAGGGACCACAAGCGCCAGCCCAGACGAUCCGCCGUCACCGACAGCGGAAGUCACGCCAAAGGAGCCCCCGCCCCAGAGCACCAGCAAAGGCUCACCCAAAUCCACGCCCACUCUAUCCAGUCGGUCCAAAUCGACCCUUGAAUCCCUCGGUAUCCCGGAGCCGCACUUUACCAUGAAAUCGCGCCGUCGCUCUCGCCGGCCGUUCACCACCGCCGAAGACGAAGCUUUGCUGAAAGGCUACGCCGUCCACGGCUUCCAAUGGACGCUGAUCCAGCAGGACACGCGUCUGAACCUCGGCCACCGCCGCGCAACCGACCUCCGAGAUCGCUUCCGCACUAAAUUCCCCCACGCCUACCGCGACGGCGGCUCCGCCAGCGGCAAGACACUACCCGGCCCGUCCAAGAACUCUCCCAAAUUACAAGAUAGCACCGACAAGUCCCCACCAUCACUACCAUCCCUACCACCACUAAACAACAACAACCUCAACCUCAACCCUACCCCCAAACCACCCGCCUCCCGCGACAAAGACAAAGUCAAAGACAAGGAAAAAGAAAAAGCCAAAGAAGGGGACCCCCUCAAAUCCAAACCCAUCGACCCCACACUAUCACCCCCCGCCCCCCCACACAGUCUCCUCGAAAGCUCAACCGUACUUCCUCUGCCCCCCGCAACAGUGUUAUUCCCGUUUCCUUUGGAUGAAGCUUCCAACGGGGCAUCCGGUGUGGUGGACGGGUCGUGGACGGAUAAUACGCUUGCGCCUAUGACGUGGGAUGAAUUGGCUUAGUUUGCUUGCUUGCUUGCUUUCUUUGCUGUUAAUAUAGCGUUGGUUUUACUCCGUGUUUAGCGUUGCAUUUGGGGUGUAUUUGGAGUUACUUUUUC